AUGGCAGACUUCAAUUCCAGUAGUUUUCUGUCCACUACAUUCUAUCUCACUGGAAUUCCUGGAUAUGAGGCACUAUACCACUGGAUCUCCAUCCCUUUCUUCAUUCUCUAUAUGAUUGGAAUACUGGGAAACUGUACCAUCCUUCAUAUUGUCUGGACUGACCCUAGCCUCCAUGAACCCAUGUAUUAUUUCUUGGCCAUGCUCUCCCUCACUGACAUGGGCAUGUCCCUUCCCACAAUUGUAUCUCUCUUUAGAGUGUUGUGGUCCAUUUCCAAUGAGAUUGAAUUCAACACAUGUGUAAUACAGAUGUUUUUUAUUCAUACUUUCUCCUUCACAGAAUCUGCAGUGCUCCUAGCAAUGGCCUUUGACCGCUAUGUAGCCAUCUGUCAUCCCCUGAGGUAUUCCACCAUCCUCACCCCAAAACGCAUCAUUAGGAUUGGAAUAACAGCUAUUUUGAGGAGCUCUCUUUCUAUUACUCCACUAAUGAUUCGUCUUGCCUACUUUCCUUUUUGCCACUCUCAUGUUCUCUCUCACUCUUACUGCCUACAUCAGGAUAUGAUUCGCUUGGCUUGUGCUGACACCAAAUUUAAUGUCAUCUAUGGAUUGGUUUUGAUUACUAUUCUCUGGGGAUUUGAUGCCUUGGGCAUUCUGAUUUCUUACAUCUUCAUUCUCCGUUCUGUACUGAGCAUUGCAUCCCAGAAGGAAAGACUCAAAGCUCUCAACACAUGUGCCUCCCACAUCUGUGCUGUUCUCAUCCUUUAUGUGCCCAUGAUUGGUGUAUCUCUUGUUCACCGUUUUGCAAAACAUGCCUCUCCCCUUGUCCACAUUUUCAUGGCUCAUAUCUACUUGUUGGUGCCCCCCAUACUCAACCCUAUCAUCUACAGUGUGAAGACCAAACAGAUUCGUAUGGGGAUCAUUCGUCAACUUCUCCCUAAGAGAAUUCACUCUACCUGGGGGUAG